AUGUCCUACACCUUUGUGUAUUGGCAACAAGUUUAUGGAUUGAUUCCACCAAAAGAAUUAAAAGGGUUAGAUAAGAAUUGUGAAUAUUCAAGCAUGGAUGAAGCUAAAAGAAUGGAAGAAGGGUUCACCACACCCUAUAAUGAUAACCGUAAGGGUGAGUUGAAACAGGAAAUUGAAAAAACCAAUGGUGAUGGAGAUUCCAUUGAGCAUGACAGAGACACAAGGAGUAGCACACAAGAGGGUGAGACCGUUGAACAAAUAGUGGAGCAAGAGCAACCAUCGGUGAAGCAAAAGACAAAAAGAGUUGCAACCCUUGAUGCAUUUAGGGGUCUCACCAUUGUGCUGAUGGUACUAGUAGACGAUGCUGGUGGAGCUUACCCACGCAUUGAUCACUCUCCGUGGAAUGGAUGUACAUUAGCUGAUUUCGUUAUGCCUUUCUUUCUUUUCAUUGUUGGUGUUGCCAUAGCCCUUGCACUGAAGAGAAUACCCAAGAUUAAGGAUGCCGUGAAGAAGAUAAUCCUUAGGACAUUGAAGCUUCUCUUCUGGGGCAUUCUUUUGCAAGGUGGAUACUCCCAUGCACCUGAUGAUCUCUCAUAUGGAGUUGACAUGAGAUUUAUAAGAUGGUGUGGCAUUCUCCAGAGAAUAGCCCUUGUAUACUGUGUUGUUGCUCUAAUAGAGACAUACACCACCAAGCUUAGACCCUCUACCCUGAAGCCAGGACACAUAUCCAUUCUUAGUGCCUAUCGAUGGCAAUGGUUUGGGGGGUUUGUAGCAUUUGUGAUUUACAUGGCUACAACCUUCAGCCUCUACGUUCCAGAUUGGAGUUUCGUGGAUUAUAACAGCCACGAACCAAAGAGAUACACAGUCCAAUGUGGGAUGCGAGGACACCUAGGUCCUGCAUGUAACGCUGUUGGUUACGUAGAUAGACAAGUUUGGGGCGUUAAUCAUCUUUAUUCCCAACCUGUUUGGACUCGCUUGAAGGCAUGCACAGUGAGUUCUCCAGCUGAAGGGCCCCUCCGUCAGAAUGCUCCAUCUUGGUGUCGCGCACCCUUUGAACCGGAGGGUUUGUUAAGUUCCAUAUCAGCUAUCCUCUCUGGCACCAUUGGCAUCCACUAUGGGCAUGUCUUGAUUCACUUCAAGGGUCAUUGGGAGAGACUCAAGCAAUGGCUCUCAUUAGGGUUUGUGUUAUUGACCCUAGGCAUCACCCUUCAUUUUACACAUGCCAUCCCAAUGAACAAGCAACUCUACAGCUUCAGCUAUGUUUGUUUCACAGCAGGGGCAGCUGGAAUUGUGUUCUCUGCAUUCUACUUACUGAUAGAUGUUUGGGGGUUUCGAACUCCAUUCUUGCUCUUGGAAUGGAUAGGAAUGAAUGCAAUGCUAGUGUUUGUUAUGGCAGCACAGGGCAUCUUUGCAGCAUUUGUGAAUGGAUGGUAUUACAAGGAUCCAGAUAACUCAUUAGUAAACUGGAUUCAGAAUCAUGUGUUUAUCAAUGUUUGGCACUCAGAGAGGUUGGGAACUCUGUUAUAUGUCAUCUUUGCAGAAAUCACUUUCUGGGGUGUGGUGGCCGGUAUCUUGCACAAAUUAGGAAUAUACUGGAAACUGUAG